GAGAAAACCAGCGUCCAGCAGCAGACAUGGCGUUGCUCCAUCAGAGUCGAGGCUCACCCAGACUCGUCCUGGUGGUGGUUUGUGUCGCUCUGCUGCUCGACAAUAUGCUGCUCACUGUGGUCGUACCGAUCAUCCCAACAUUCCUCUACGCCAUCGAGCAUCCGAGUCCAGAGCCACAGACCGCCCAGCCCUCCCUGCUCCCUCUGCGCGGCCUCGAUGCAUCACGUCUGGGCACUGCACCCUCACGGCCCCCCUCCUCUGCCUUCAGCCUCCAGACCUCCAGACAGACCUCCCAGCGCCUCCACCUGCCUCGGCCCAGUACCGGUGCACCGGUCCAGGUUACAGGGCCGACCCUAUCGGCUCUGGUGUCCCUGUUUGAUAACUCGACCUUCAGCCUGACUGACGCGAGCGCCGGCACCGAACCGGCGGACCGGACCUCAGUGACCGCAGAUGUGCAGGGCAACGAGACCGAAGGCUCUUCCUGUCUUCAGGACAGUUUGUUUCUGGAAGAAGAAAAUGUUCGAGUUGGUUUGUUGUUUGCUUCUAAAGCUAUCAUCCAGCUGCUCGUCAACCCCUUCGUUGGUCCACUGACUAACAGGAUCGGGUAUCACAUCCCCAUGUUUGCUGGUUUCAUCAUCAUGUUUGUGUCAACCAUCAUGUUUGCCUUCUCAGGGACGUACGCUCUGCUGUUCGUCGCUCGCUCUCUGCAGGGGAUCGGCUCGUCCUUCUCCUCAGUGGCAGGUCUGGGCAUGCUGGCCAGCGUGUACACGGAUGAUGAGGAGAGAGGCAUCGCGAUGGGUGUGGCACUGGGAGGACUGGCUAUGGGAGUCCUGAUCGGAGCGCCUUUCGGCAGCGUGAUGUAUGACUUUGUGGGGAAGAGCGCCCCCUUCCUGAUCCUGGCCUUCCUGGCUGUGUUCGAUGGAGCGUUGCAGUUGUGCAUCCUGCAGCCUUCAAAGAUCUCUCCUGGGAGUGUGGAGGGAACGCCGUUACUCACCCUGCUGAAGGAUCCGUACAUCCUCGUCAGUGCAGGGUCUCUGUGCUUCGCCAACAUGGGCGUGGCCAUCCUGGAGCCCACUCUGCCCAUCUGGAUGAUGCAGACGAUGUGCUCCCCGAAAUGGCAGCUGGGUAUUGCCUUCCUCCCUGCCAGCGUGUCCUACCUGAUAGGAACAAACCUGUUUGGUGUUCUGGCCAAUAAGAUGGGACGGUGGCUGUGCUCCAUGCUAGGGAUGUUUAUCGUUGGCAUCAGUCUGCUGUGUGUUCCCUUUGCCACCAGUAUCUACGGCCUGAUUGGACCAAACGGCGGUCUGGGAUUCGCGAUAGGUAUGGUGGACUCCUCCAUGAUGGCCAUUAUGGGCUACCUGGUUGAUAUCCGCCACGCCUCCGUCUACGGCAGCGUCUACGCCAUCGCUGACGUGGCGCUGUGCAUGGGCUUCGCCAUAGGGCCAUCCACAGGUGGCGCUCUGGUCCAGGCCGUGGGCUUUCCCUGUCUCAUGGUGUUCAUCGGGGUCAUCAACAUCCUGUACGCGCCGCUCUGCUUCCUGUUGCGUAACCCUGCUGUCCGAGAGGAGAAAAUGGCGAUCAUUGAUCAGGAGUGUGUGAUGCACAGGAAAAGCUACAACACAGAGAGCCGUGACUUUCCUCUGAGCGACUACAGCGAGGAGGAGGAGACGGAGGAGUGAUGCGCACAAGCUCGCCAAAACGUCCACAUCGUUAUACGCCACCUUCGUGUCACCUUUGCACUUCCUGAUCAUCUAGUUGGGGGGGCUGUCAGUGAUGUUUAGUUUAACUCUGACUCAUGCUAAGCUACUGUGAGCGAUCAGAAUCAGCCGAUGGUGGUUGAAGCGAUCUGGAUGUGAAUUUCAGAAUCUGUGUUUGCUGUUCUUGUGUUUCCUCCCACCUGCAGUCAAAGUGUUGAAACUGUACCUGUGUCUGACCUCUGACCUGUGUCACCAUUAAAACCUGCGCUAACCUGGA